GGUUUCAACACAACACUGCAUCAGUCAGCGCUCGGGUCUCGAGGGAUAAUCUUGACCUGUUGAGGUGGACACAGAAACACUGCAGGUUACAUCGGCUCCAGCUGACCUCACUUCUCCAUUACGACUGACAUCAUGUUACUAAAUAACAACUCUAGAGUCAUUUCAACACUCAGUCGGUCAGAUCAGAGGAAGUUAAAACCACACGAGGAGCUGAGAGUAUUUAAAGAAAGAGUUGAGAGCAAAUGAUGAAGAGAAAGAGAAAAUGUCUGAGUGUCAUCUGUGUCUGCUGGGACUGAUCGCUCUCUCUUCACUUCUCACAGGUGUCAGUGGAGAGGAUCAUGUUCAUGUGUUCAUCAGUUCUGGUGAAGAUGUCCGUCUGCCCUGUAAUAACGCUCUUCAUGAUGCUCUUCAUGACUGCAACUCAACUACAUGGAACUAUAACAGAGGCAGUCAUUCAGGAACAGUUGAACUGAUUGCUUUAGGGAAAGAGAGGAAAGGCACAGAGAGACAUGAGAGACUGAGUCUGGAGUCUGACUGCUCUCUGAACAUCACGAACAUCUCAACAGAAGAUUAUGGAUAUUACACCUGCCAACAAUGGACUGGUGUGGGUGGAAAACAAAUAGGACCUGACGCUCGUGUUUAUCUGCAUGUUCUUCAUGUCUCAUCCUCACAGACUCAGAUCAGUUCAGAUCUCUCCUGUCGGCUGUAUUCAUAUCCUCCAGUCUCUUGUGAUGAAUGGAUCAGUUCUGAGAGAAUUCAUCUGUUCUGGGUGAAUCAGGCCGGUGUUAAACCGACGAGAUCAUCCUCAUCAGAUCUCUGUAUCAUCUCUCAGAAUACAACACUCCUGAAUGAAGAUCACAACAGAGAGUGGAGAUGUAAUGUUACUCAGAGAGAUGAACUCAAGACCUCAGUCACAAUCACUGUCAAGAGAUCAGUGUUUAUAACAGAACAUCAUGUCGACCUCCUUGGUGCGAAGGAAUACAGCCAGAUUCGAGCUUCUGGAAGGAUUGGAAAUGGAUCGUUUGAACUUCAGUAG